AUGGGAAAUUAUUUCAAAGUAAACAGUUCUACAAAGCCUGAAAUUCCAAAACUUCCGAAAGAGUUGCUGGAAGAGCUAGAGAAGAGACAUUACAAGUUUUUUUGUACCGAGUUUAAUGCUCGGAUCGAUCAGUUUGUGAAUGCUUCACAGGUUACGAACAUUGCUGCUCUUCGGUUUAAUCCUUUCAAAAAGACUAUUGUUGAAUUAUUUUGCUCCGAUCCCGAAUCAGGUGCCAUGACAUUUAGAGAUUUCCUCGAUAUGUGUUCUGUAUUUUCUCCAAAGGCACCCAGAGAAGCCAAAAUUAUUGUGAUCUUUAUGAUCUUUACUGCAACCUCUAAGGACAAUUUAUUGAGGCAGUCCGACAUUGAAAAUGUCAUUGGAAGACUUGUAGGUGAUAACAUGAAAACAACUAUCGAUGUAAAAGAUAAGAAGGAAAUCUCAUCAAUAUCCGGCGCAGCUGCCUGUGUCAUGAAAGAGGCAGAUUUAGAUGAUAGCGGAGAGAUUUCAUACAAGGAAUUUCAACGAUUGUGCAUGCAAUUCCGAGAAUUUGAUAAUUAUGUGUUUACUGUGGUUUAA